AUGUCCCGCAAAGGCGUUGGGAUAGGCGCCUUUGAACGCUCUCGGCUCACCCUUGCGCAUUAUGCCUCCCACGGAUCAUCGCUCCGAGCGACCAACGCUCAGGCGCUCGAGACGCAGCUCUCUGUCUUUCGCUCGUUGCUGCAACAGUUUGCGCAGACGCACGCCAAGGAUAUUCGUUCCGACCCGUCCUUCCGAGCCCAGUUCGCGCGAAUGUGUGCCGCCAUCGGCGUUGACCCGCUGGCGAGCAGUGGGAGCGCAGCUGCCGGCGGCGGCUCCGUUUGGGCCCAGCUGCUGGGCAAGACGGUCAACGACUUUUACUUCGAGCUGGCCGUCCGCGUCGUCGAAGUGUGUGGCGCGACGAGGGCAGAGAACGGUGGCCUGAUCGGCCUGUGCGACGUGCGUGACCGGCUGCUCUCCUCGGGCGCCGAUCACGCAGCGUACUCUAUUUCCGAGGACGACAUAUUGAGGGCGGUGGAGACGUUGAAACCGCUCGGGGACAGCUAUGGCAUCGUGCGCGUCGGCCGCGCGGAUUACAUCCGCAGCGUGCCUCGGGAGUUGAGCGGUGACCAGGCGGCCGUUGUGGAGGCGGCCCAGGUCCUCGGCUACGUGAGCGUCGGCAUGCUUCGCGACAACUUGGGUUGGGAGCGGGCGCGAUGCCGGACCGUCAUUGAAGACCUCGUCGCGGAGAGCAUGCUGUGGGUCGACAAGCAGACGGGCGGCGAGUGGGACUACUGGAGCCCGGCAGUUAUGGUUGAUACCCCCGAGGGCGACGUCGUUUACGGAGAAUGA